AUGGCUCAGAAACCAAUGAAGCAGCAGCCCGCGAGGUCAUCGGACAUCCGUUCGGCGACUCUGUGGGCGCAGGAAGAAAAAGGUGCGAGGGCCGGAUUGAGCGGCCGGCGGCGUGAGAGGGCGCAAAAGUGGCAAGGGGGCUCGCCAUCCCUGAAGUGGCAAUGGUGCUGCCACAACAGGCCUAGCGCAGCAAGCAGACCAAUGAUGACGGCGCGCGGCGGGCUCGGCGCCCCGCUAACCGGCCCAAAAGAUACUGGCUGA